CCGGGCGGAGCGGAGCGGGGCCGGUGGGUCCGGUGGGGUCCGGGCGGGUCACGGCGGAGCGGCGGCUCCUCUGCGCACCGCAGUUGCAGGUUUGGGAUCGGAGUGGCAGCCAUGAAGGACCCGAGUCGCAGCAGUACCAGCCCCAGCAUCAUCAGCGAGGAUGUGAUCAUCAACGGGCACUCCCACGAGGAUGACAACCCCUUUGCUGAGUACAUGUGGAUGGAGAACGAGGAGGAGUUUAACAGGCAGAUUGAAGAGGAGUUGUGGGAAGAAGAAUUCAUUGAGCGCUGUUUCCAGGAGAUGCUGGAAGAGGAGGAGGAGCAUGAAUGGUUUAUUCCAGCCCGUGAUCUCCCACAAACAAUGGAUCAAAUCCAGGACCAGUUCAAUGACCUUGUUAUCAGUGACAGCUCAUCGCUGGAGGAUCUGGUGGUCAAGAGUAAUCUGAAUCCAAAUGCAAAGGAGUUUGUUCCUGGGGUGAAGUACUUAAACAUUUGAGUAGACUGGGCCCUCUUUUGGUGGAUGUAGCACAAUUUCCACACUGUGAAGCCAGUAUUAGAAGAUUUAAUUGUAAAAGCUCUCUCUUCUUGUCACUGUGUUACACUUAUGCAUUGCCAAAGUUUUGUUAGUCUUGCAUGCUCAAUAAAAGUGCUGAGACUGUUA